GUGGCGAAAAGUGGCGUGUCCAUUUUAGUUUCUCCCGCGUCUCUUGCGAAGUUGGCCGAUUUCCGUUAUUCGUCCCUGUUUUCCGGAGUAGAAAUCGCCAUUAAUGUAAUCCUCUCGAGUGCUCCAGUUUUUUCCGCGUAUUAAUAGAUGUAAUCUAGAGAAAAAUCGUAGUUUCUUGUGUAGUUUGUGAUCUUGUAUAGUACAUCAACUUGUGACACGAGUUUGCCAGCCAAAAUGACAGACAAGAAAAAUUGUGCCGAAGAAUCGGAUGAUGGAAACACCAGCAUGAAUCCGCCGGCGAGCAACAGUUCCGUCAGCGAAACAGAUCAGAGCACGGCGGAAAGUACCGUUCAGUGCAAAAAUCCGGUUUCGGAUUGUGGCAGCGGUGCAUCGCACUGUUUGGAAGACCAGAAUCCGAACCAGCUGAGUUCGGGUUCCGCGCAAAGUGCACUGCCGAAGAUUUACUGCAGUGAGUAUCCGGUCACGCAGAUUAAUGGCUGCCGACAGUAUGGGCCUCCGAGGAGUUGGACCGGUUCCAUCCCGGGUUUCGGGUGUGAGAUUUACGUCAAACGCAUUCCACCGGAAUUCACCGAGGCGGACUUGGUUCCGGUGUUCGAGAGAUUCGGAAAAUUGUACGAGAUGCGUCUAAUGAUGGACUACAGCAACCAGAAUCGCCGGUAUUGCUUCGUUCGGUAUACAAACGAGGAGGAUGCCAAGGUGGCCAUUGAGGUGCUGAACCAUCACUUCGUCCGAGACAAUCAAACCCUAGAGGCGCAAAGGUCGUUCGAAAAGUGUCGGCUUUUCGUCGGAAACUUACCGAAAGAUCUCGAUCGCAAGACGAUCGAGAUCGCGUUCCGGUCGCUGUUUCCGGAAAUGACUCGUUUCGUGAUGCACAACCGAAUUGCCGACGGUGAAAUGAACCGAGGCUUUGCUUUUAUGGACUUUCCGGAUCACGCGGCUGCCCUACGUGCCAAGAAGCAAACCACUCCAGGCUGUAUGCGCAUGUGGGAUCGGGAGAUCAAAAUCGUCUGGGCAAAUCCGCAGCGAUCGCUGGAUCAUUCCGGGGUGGACGAGGUCAAAAUGCUGUUCGUCAGGAACAUCGACCUGAAGGUGAACACGUCGGAGCUGUACAGUCUGUUCGUUCGUUUGGUUCCCCGGCAGGACAUUAUCAAGAUUACACGGGUGCGCGAGUUUGCGUUUGUGGAGUUUGCCAAGCGCGAACAGGCGGAAAUGGUGAUGCAUGCUAUCCAAGGGUACGUCUUGACCAAGCACCCGCUGGACAUUGAAUGGGCCAUGCCACCGCUGAGACCCACCUACAGGAAUUCAUUCCACAACAUGAAGAACUACGACUUCGACUCGCUGCUCCGCAUCAAGUGCAUCGCCAACGGUUGGGACCUUCCGAUCAUCAUCUACGGGCGGGUUUUCUCGCUCAGUUGCCUGCAGUACGUGGCCAUCAUCUUCCGGAGCAAAGGACAAGUGCAUGUGUACUUUGUCGAGAUCUACAUCACCGGCCUGGCGGAUAUACAGAGCCGAGUGUGCGAGGCCAUCAUCACGUUGGUUCUGGAGAGCGGAGUGCUUCCGGAGCCGUUCCUAGUUUUGAAGGUUAAGCAUGAUUCGAUGAAGUUAGUUGGUUCCGUCUCUUCAUUGUCCCGGCCGAUUCUGAACCUGGCUCAUGACGCACAUGGUGCAUUGGAACUAUUCUGGAAUGAAAUAGUGGACCUCUGUGCGGCGGCCAACCAACUGCUCAAGUAUUCCUUCGACGAUCUCCACACGCUCUACAGCCGGGAACUGCAAAGUGGUCUACCGUUUGCCUACCUGGAAUCAAUCCCAGUUCAGGACCGCAUCAUUGGGUGUCUUGACCAAUCCUUCCGUCACCGGCCACCGCUCAGUCGCAAGCUAGACAAUCGUGAAAUUAUCUUUGUGUUGUGCGAUCAGUACUCCCUGACCAACUACAACUUCUCCAAGAAGAACAACUACAUCGCGGAAAAGCUCUCGUCGAUGGAAAACGUUGGCACUGCUUCAUUCAAGUUCAAAAUCCUCCCGAUGCUACCGUCCCGGUUUGUACAAGCUAGUUUCGGUCGUGAGCUGAAGAUAGAUGCGGUUUAUUUCGGACUCAAUCCGUACCCGUUCGGCGACUUCGAGCAUUACAACAACACCAACUACAUCUACCAACAGUACCACGUGCCCUUCCACGGCGGAUCCCAACUGCCCCCAGUGAAUCCGAACAUUCCGCCGCUAGGAACCAUGCAGCAGAUGACCCCUUCUAUGUUCAACCCGAUGGCUAUCAAUGGUCAGCCGACGGGAUUCUACGGCGAUGCAAUUCAGUUGGCACAGGCUAUGCAACAGCUUGGAAUUAGUGGCCCUCCCUUGGCUCCGCCGCCUCAGGCCUUCUACGGAACGACACCCGUAGUACAACCGCCACUACCGCCGGGUGCCUUCUAUUGGGGAUAAAUCCAGGACAAGUUCGGAUUUUUUUCACACAGAAUUUACUGCAAUUUUGAAAGAACUUUUACUUUUGGAAAAUUUUUGAUUAUGUUUAAGCGGAUUGUUAUCACUGAUUUUAUUUCAUUUUUACUUCAAAUGUUAGUUUUUGAAAGUUUUUAACCUGUUUCAACCUGUUACACGUAGGUACGUGCUUGUGGAGCAAAUAUGUAUUCCAUUUGUUAAAACAAUACAUUUUCUAAGGAA